AUGAGCUCCAUCAUCGUACGCCUGAGGUGCGAAGUUGGAAUGUAUCGCAUCGAAAUUAACAGUAACAAAAGACUGACCGAUUUGAAGAAUAAAAUUGAGGAACUAUUAAAUGUGCCAGUGGAGAAGCAGCGUCUUUUUCUUCAGGAGGAACCCAACGUCCCUUUGACAGACAAUGGGGCGCUUCUGGAACAGUGUAAGAUUACCCAUGGGUCUCUUCUACAUCUGAAGGGUGAGGUGAAGCCGACCCCGAAUGGUGGGAAGCGUCUGGAUGGUGAUGGGGAGGGAAGUGCCAAGUGGAGGAGCGACAAUGCAGGUAGCCACAAUGGGGGUAACCUCAAUGAGUGUAAUGCAACAGGUGGAAAGAUGAAAAAGGGGUUCGAACAGACACCAGGCGGUGGAUAUAGGGGCCUCGAUACGAUGGGUCACUCCCCUCGGAAGGAUCCUCUAACCCCCCAGAAGGGAAAAAACGAGGAAGGAAAAACCAACAACGAAAAGGAGAACAGCGAAAAAAACCAAGCCAAUUUCAAAUCUUUCGAUUACUUCCUAAAAAUGAGAGAGUAUAACACGACGGAUCUUCCACUAAAUCUGACGUACCAAUCGGUGUUUCUAACGAAGGGGCGAUUCAUUAAGAUCCCAUUGAGUGUGACGCUGAAGCAUCAGGAAUAUCGCCAUGUAGACCAUCUCGAAUUUAUGAACGUAGAGGAGGUGAAAAAUUUCGUUCAGUAUUGGUACACAAAUGGAAGCAUGACAGAACAGAGAGUCGGCUGGAUGUAUGGUUACUAUAGGGAAGACCCUCAUUACACUCUGGGAAUACGAGCCGUGUGCGAAUGUAUAUACGAACCUCCACAGAUAAAUGAGGUUGAUAAAGUUAAGCUGCUACCGGACGACUUUCUCGACUCUGUUGAUGUGAUUGCAAACCGAUUAGGUCUCGAAAGAAUUGGUUGGAUCUUUACACAUCUGCCAAGGAAAGAACACUUAACAUCGGAGGAAGUGGUCCAGAUAGCUAAAUUGCAGCUAGCUAAUUUGAAGAAAAAUGUACACUAUACUAAUUAUAGCGUUUCUAAUUUUGUAACUUGCACCAUUUCACCAGAUCCUAUGUUAAGUAACGAACCAGUGACGAAUGCCUUCAUGGUGUCCGACUUAGGGAUGGCAUUAAUUCGAUCCAAUUUGGUGGAUUCGACACAGACAGAUCCUUCCCUUAUACAACUGAGGAAUCCUGUACAGAAUGAGCUUCUUCCUCUCAUUCUAGAAGGAGGGAAAGAAACCAACAAGUUUGAUGCCGACUGGUUUAUUGUUCGUAUUAAUGAAUCAGCCCCUAAAGUCGUUAGGUCCCUUUUUAAAAACUUCCAUUUCCCCAGGGAAAAUCGGCUGCACUCGCCCACUGCCUACGAUGUAAAGGAGUACUUCUCCAGCCCCAAGUUGGAGAGGGGCACCAAUGGCAUGCAUAGGUGCUCCGACUUCCACUUGAUUUUGUUCGCCUGCCGCGUGCUCGACAUGGAGACUGCGCUCGCUCUCUGCGACGCCGCGCUCAGGAAGAAGGAGAUCGACCCCAUCAUGGAGGAGAUCCUCACCUCGAUGAAGCGGUGA